GGUUUUGUUCUCUCUUGUCGUCUUCUUGUUUUGUCCGUAGCAUUAUUAAAUCAAACUCAGUCUCUCUGAAAUACUCUCAGUGACUAACCACUUCAUCACUAAGUUUUCUGUCGACUUUUGUCUUUUGUCUCUCACUAUAACCAAAAAAAUCCAAAAACCCAAAGUUAUCAAUGGCUGGUUAUAUGCACCCUCUUUUAGGGCAAGAACUGCAUCUACAGAGACCUGAAGAUUCCAGAACCCCACCUGAUCAAAAUAACAUGGAACUUAACAGAUCUGAAGCAGACGAAGCCAAGGCCGAGACCACUCCCACCGGCGGAGCAACCAGCUCAGCCACAGCCUCUGGCUCUUCCUCCGGACGCCGUCCACGUGGUCGUCCUGCAGGUUCAAAAAAUAAACCCAAACCUCCGACGAUUAUAACCAGAGAUAGUCCUAACGUCCUUAGAUCCCACGUUCUUGAAGUCACCUCCGGUUCGGACAUAUCCGAGGCUGUCUCCACCUAUGCCACUCGUCGCGGCUGCGGCGUUUGCAUUAUAAGCGGCACCGGUGCGGUAACUAACGUCACAAUACGGCAACCGGCGGCUCCGGCGGGUGGAGGUGUGAUUACCCUGCAUGGUCGGUUUGAGAUUUUGUCUUUGACUGGGACUGCGCUUCCGCCGCCUGCGCCACCGCGAGCAGGAGGGUUGACGGUGUAUCUAGCCGGAGGUCAAGGACAAGUUGUAGGAGGGAAUGUGGCUGGUUCGUUAAUUGCUUCGGGUCCGGUAGUGUUGAUGGCUGCUUCUUUUGCAAACGCAGUUUAUGAUAGGUUACCGAUUGAAGAGGAAGAAACUCCACCGCCGAGAACCACCGGGGUGCAGCAGCAGCAGCCGGAGGCGUCUCAGUCGUCGGAGGUUACGGGGAGUGGGGCCCAGGCGUGUGAGUCAAACCUCCAAGGUGGAAAUGGUGGAGGAGGUGUUGCUUUCUACAAUCUUGGAAUGAAUAUGAACAAUUUUCAAUUCUCCGGGGGAGAUAUUUUCGGUAUGAGCGGCGGUAGCGGAGGAGGAGGUGGCAGUAUACAUUUUGUGCUUCUAGUUAGCCGGCAAGGAAAGGUAAGACUCACCAAAUGGUAUUCACCUUACGCACAGAAGGAAAGAUCUAAGGUUAUACGUGAACUCAGUGGAGUGAUUCUGAAUCGAGGUCCCAAGCUCUGUAAUUUUGUUGAAUGGAGAGGCUACAAAGUUGUUUACAAAAGAUAUGCUAGUCUCUACUUCUGCAUGUGCAUUGAUCAGGAGGAUAACGAGUUAGAGGUCCUUGAGAUCAUUCAUCACUAUGUUGAGAUUCUCGAUCGCUAUUUUGGUAGUGUGUGUGAGCUCGAUUUGAUUUUUAACUUCCACAAGGCAUAUUACAUAUUGGAUGAGCUCUUGAUUGCCGGGGAGCUUCAAGAGUCAAGCAAGAAAACAGUUGCCAGGAUUAUAUCCGCUCAGGAUCAAUUGGUGGAGGUUGCAAAAGAGGAGGCCAGUUCAAUAAGUAAUAUAAUCGCUCAGGCUACUAAAUAGUUUCUUUCAUCAUUUAUGCACUCUUAUGCAGCUAAAACAUGUUCCCUGUCUCCUGCUACAGUAAUUGUUUUGAGAUAUCUUCAUCCCAUUUUUUUCUCUCAGAGGGAUUGUCGUCUUAAAGCGUAACUUCGAUAGAUGCAAUAUGUUAUGAUUUGGUUCAUAAACAAGUAGAGAUAAACAAAGUUUGUAACCUUUG